ACCCCCUUCCUCCUCCUCCUCCCCGGCUGUCGGCCUCACGUCCCCAACUCGGGAGCGCCGCCGAUCGGUCGCCAGGAUUUUCCCUUCUCGGCCAAAAUGGAGGAGAAGGUCUCUCGCUUAAUGAAGAGAGCACCGACUAUAUGAGCGGAUCUGCUUCAAUGAUCGGCAUCAGGACCCGCUUUUGCUGAUAUAAUAGUUCUUGCAGCAACCUAACACUUUGAGGAUAUCUAUCGCUAUUUCCGCACAAGCGACCGCAGCCAUGAGCGCAGGAGAGGGGCUAGAUGAGGCUGGGAAGGACGCGGCAGACAUAGCGGCGUUUUUCAAAUCCGAUUGCUCUCUUCCAAAAUGUGAAUCCAAACUGGAUGGCCCUGGUCAAACUUCAGGGUUUCAUCGUAAUGAGGAUAUGAAGGCCAUUGAUGUGCUUCCUAUCCUCAAGGAGAAGGUUGCCUUUCUCUCAGGUGGCAGAGACAGACGUGGAGGUCCGAUUCUCACCUUUCCAGCGCGGAGCAACCAUGACAGAAUACGACCCGAAGACCUGCGCAGGCUCAUAGCAUACUUGGCCACCAUCCCAAGUGAGGAGGUGGCCAGACAUGGCUUCACAGUCAUUGUGGACAUGCGUGGUUCUAAGUGGGACAGCAUCAAACCUCUGCUAAAGAUCCUUCAGGAAUCGUUCCCUUCUUGUAUUCACGUUGCUCUUAUCAUCAAGCCAGACAACUUCUGGCAGAAGCAGAGGACCAACUUUGGCAGCUCCAAGUUUGAAUUUGAGACGGUGAUGGUCUCCUUAGAGGGUUUAACCAAGAUUGUGGACCCUUCCCAGCUGACAGCCGACUUCGAGGGCAGCCUAGAAUACAACCAUGAUGAAUGGAUUGAGGUGCGGCUCUCUUAUGAGACGUUUGCCAGUGAUGCAGCGCGGGCUUUAUCACGCCUUGAAGAACUCCAGGAAACCUUGUCCCAGCGUGAUCUCCCACGGGAUCUGGAAGGGGCUCGGCGGUUAAUGGAAGAACAUGCUGCACUGAAGAAAAGGGCCACGAAAGCAUCCGUAGAGGAGCUCGACGCACAGGGACGGAGGCUGCUCCAAAGGCUACAGUCACACACUGCAGGGGUUGGGAGUGUUGGAGCUAGCGGAGAUUCUAACGACCACCAUCACGGGUUUCACGUGCAUGCGGACGCGCACAAUCUGGUGGCUAAAGUGACGGGUUUGUUGGAUAAGCUGCACGGGAUGCGCCAGAAUCUGCAGCAGUUGUGGCACAUGAGGAAACUGAAGCUGGACCAGUGCUUCCAACUGCGGCUGUUUGAGCAAGAUGCUGAGAAGAUGUUUGACUGGAUAAUGCACAACAAGGGGCUUUUCCUGACCAGUUACACGGAGAUCGGAGGGAACCACCAGCAUGCUGUGGAGUUGCAGACGCAGCACAACCACUUCGCUAUGAACUGCAUGAAUGUGUAUGUGAACAUCAAUCGAAUCAUGUCUGUUGGAAAUCGGCUCCUGGAGUCCAGCCACUAUGCCUCUCAGCAGAUCCAGCAGAUCUCAAGCCAGCUGGAGCAAGAGUGGAAGGCCUUUGCUGCAGCACUGGACGAACGCAGCACCUUGCUGGAGAUGUCUGCCAGCUUCCACCAGAAAGCAGAUCAGUACAUGAGUAAAGUGGAGCCGUGGUGUAAGGCAUGUGGUGAGGGAGAGCUGCCCUCUGAACUCCAGGAUCUGGAAGACACAAUCCAUCAUCACCAGGGGCUGUAUGAGCACAUCACCACAGCAUACUCUGAGGUAAGCCAGGAUGGCAAGUCUCUGUUGGACAAACUGCAGCGACCCUUGACCCCAGGAAGUGCAGAUUCGUUGAUGGCAUCAGCUAACUACUCCAAGGCUGUGCAUCAUGUUUUGGAUAUCAUCCAUGAGGUGUUGCAUCAUCAAAGGCAACUGGAAAACAUCUGGCAGCAUCGCAAAGUCCGUCUGCACCAGCGCCUGCAGCUGUGUGUCUUUCAGCAGGAUGUACAGCAAGUGCUGGACUGGAUAGAAAAUCACGGUGAGGCCUUCCUUAGCAAACAUACAGGUGUUGGAAAGUCUUUGCACAGAGCCAGGGCUUUACAGAAAAGGCAUGAAGACUUUGAAGAGGUUGCACAGAACACCUACACCAAUGCUGACAAGUUACUAGAGGCUGCAGAGCAGCUGGCCCAGACCGGAGAGUGUGACCCAGAGGAAAUUUACCAGGCCGCCCACCAGCUUGAAGACCGCAUCCAGGAUUUUGUGCGACGUGUCGAGCAACGUAAAGUGCUGCUGGACAUGUCUGUUGCCUUCCACACGCAUGUCAAAGAGCUGUGGACAUGGCUGGAGGAGCUUCAGAAAGAACUGCUGGAUGAUGUUUACGCAGAGUCGGUCGAGGCAGUCCAGGAUCUGAUCAAGCGAUUCGGCCAGCAGCAGCAGACCACCCUGCAGGCAACAGUCAAUGUUAUAAAGGAAGGAGAGGACCUCAUACAACAGCUCAGAGAUUCUGCCAUCUCAAGCAACAAGACUCCGCACAACAGCUCCAUGGCCCACAUCGAGAGCGUGCUGCAGCAGCUGGACGAGGCCCAGGGCCAGAUGGAGGAGUUGUUCCAGGAAAGGAAGAUCAAACUUGAGCUCUUCCUCCAGCUCCGCAUCUUUGAAAGGGACGCAAUUGACAUCAUCUCAGACCUGGAGUCAUGGAAUGAGGAGCUGUCACAGCAGAUGAGCGACUUUGACACGGAGGAUCUGACACUGGCUGAGCAGAGGCUGCAGCAUCAUGCGGACAAAGCGCUUACCAUGAACAACCUCACCUUUGAUGUCAUCCACCAGGGACAAGAGCUGCUGCAGUAUGUCACGGAGGUCCAGGCGUCUGGUGUGGAGCUGUUAUGCGACCGAGAUGUGGACAUGGCCACACGGGUUCAGGACCUGCUGGAGUUUCUCCACGAGAAGCAGCAGGAGUUGGACCUCGCCGCAGAACAGCACAGGAGACACUUGGAGCAGUGUGUCCAGUUAAGGCAUCUGCAGGCUGAAGUCAAACAGGUGCUGGGUUGGAUCCGUAAUGGCGAGUCGAUGCUGAACGCCGGUCUGAUCACAGCCAGUUCGUUACAAGAGGCUGAACAGCUGCAAAAGGAGCAUGAACAAUUUCAACAUGCAAUAGAGAAAACCCAUCAGAGCGCGCUGCAGGUACAGCAGAAAGCUGAGGCUCUACUCCAGGCAAACCACUAUGACAUGGAUAUGAUCAGAGACUGUGCAGAAAAGGUGGCAGACCACUGGCAGCAGCUGAUGCUAAAGAUGGAGGACAGACUUAAGCUGGUUAAUGCUUCUGUGGCUUUCUACAAGACCUCUGAACAGGUGUGCAGUGUGCUAGAAAGCCUCGAGCAGGAGUAUAAGAGAGAAGAAGACUGGUGCGGUGGUGCUGAUAAACUGGGCCCUAACAGUGAAUCAGACCAUGUCACUCCCAUGAUCAGCAAACAUCUGGAGCAGAAAGAGGCCUUCCUCAAGGCUUGUACGCUAGCCAGACGCAACGCUGAUGUUUUCUUGAAGUACCUGCACAGAAACAGCGUCAACAUGCCUGGCAUGCUGUCCCACGUCAAAGCUCCAGAGACUCAGGUUAAGAAUAUCUUGAAUGAGCUGCUGCAGAGAGAAAACAGAGUGCUUCACUUCUGGACCAUGAGGAAGCGGAGACUGGACCAGUGCCAGCAAUAUGUAGUGUUUGAACGCAGCGCCAAACAGGCCCUGGAGUGGAUCCAUGACACUGGGGAGUUUUACCUGUCCACUCACACAUCCACCGGGUCGAGCAUUCACCACACACAGGAGCUGCUGAAGGAACAUGAAGAUUUCCAGAUCACAGCAAAGCAAACCAAAGAGCGCGUAAAGCUGUUGAUCCAGCUGGCGGAUGGGUUUUGUGACAAGGGCCACGCCCAUGCCUCGGAAAUAAAGAAAUGGGUGUCCUCGGUGGACAAGCGCUACAGGGACUUCUCUCUCCGCAUGGACAAAUACCGAACCUGCCUGGAAACAGCGCUUGGCAUUUCUUCCGACUCAAACAAGGCCAGUAAAGAGUUGCAACUGGACAUCAUUCCAGCCAGUGCUCCAGGGUCAGAGGUCAAGUUGCGGGACGCCGCCCAUGAACUCAACGAGGAGAAGAGGAAAUCAGCACGAAGGAAAGAAUUUAUAAUGGCAGAGCUGAUUCAAACAGAGAAAGCCUAUGUACGAGACCUACGAGAGUGUAUGGAUACCUACCUGUGGGAGAUGACCAGCGGCGUGGAGGAAAUUCCUCCUGGUAUUGUCAACAAGGAACACAUCAUUUUUGGGAACAUGCAGGACCUCUAUGAGUUUCAUCACAAUAUUUUCCUGAAGGAGUUGGAAAAGUACGAGCAGCUUCCAGAAGAUGUCGGCCAUUGUUUUGUAACCUGGGCUGAUAAGUUUCAGAUGUACGUGAACUACUGUAAGAACAAGCCAGAUUCAACUCAGCUCAUCGUGGAACAUGCUGGACCCUACUUUGAUGAAAUCCAGCAGAGACAUCGUCUCGCAAACUCUAUCUCCUCUUAUCUGAUCAAGCCAGUCCAAAGAAUCACAAAAUACCAGCUGCUUCUAAAGGAGCUGUUAACAUGCUGUGAGGAAGGAAAAGGGGAGAUUAAGGAUGGCCUGGAGGUGAUGCUCAGUGUCCCCAAGAGAGCCAACGAUGCCAUGCACCUCUCUAUGCUGGAGGGAUUUGAUGGGAACAUUGACUCCCAGGGAGAGCUGAUACUCCAGGAGUCCUUCCAGGUCUGGGAUCCUAAGACUCUGAUCCGGAAGGGUCGCGAUCGACACCUCUUCCUCUUUGAGAUGUCUCUGGUCUUCAGCAAAGAAGUGAAAGACUCCAACGGGCGCAGCAAAUACCUCUACAAGAGCAAACUCUUUACGUCAGAGCUUGGAGUGACAGAACAUGUGGAGGGAGAUCCUUGCAAGUUUGCCCUCUGGUUGGGGAGGACCCCAACCUCAGACAACAAGAUUGUUCUGAAGGCUUCAAGUAUUGAGAAUAAGCAGGACUGGAUCAAACACAUUCGGGAAGUCAUACAGGAGCGAACAAUCCACCUGCGAGGAGCUCUGAAGGAACCCAUCCACAUCCCUAAAGCCACCACAACGAAACACAAAGGCAGAAGGGAUGGAGAGGAGCUGGACAGCCAGGGAGACGCCAGCAGCCAACCUGAUACCAUCUCUAUUGCCUCACGUACAUCCCAGAACACACUGGACAGCGAUAAGCUCUCUGGUGGCUGUGAACUCACAGUGGUCAUACACGACUUUGUGGCCAGUAACGGCGGCAGCAACGGGGAGCUGACAGUCCGCCGCGGCCAGACUGUGGAGGUUUUGGAGCGACUGCACGACAAGCCGGACUGGUGCUUGGUCCGGACCACGGAUCGCUCGCCAGCCCAGGAGGGCAUUGUGCCCUGCUCCAUGCUCUGCAUCGCUCACUCCAGGUCCUCCAUGGAGAUGGAGGGCCUCUUCAACCACAAAGACACCUUGUCCGUAUCCAGCAAUGACGCCCUGCAGCCCGGCUCCAGCCAAACCCUGGGUCCUCACAGCUCCCCAGGUCCCAAACGUCCUGGAAACACACUAAGGAAGUGGCUGACGAGUCCCGUUCGGCGGCUCAGCUCCGGUAAAGCCGACGGCCACGUCAAGAAGCUCGCCCACAAGCAUAAGAAGAACCGCGAUGGCACGAGGAAGAACAUGGACGCGAUGCCCGGCUCGCAGAAGGACUCUGACGACAGCGCCGCCACGCCACAAGAUGAGACCCUGGAAGAGCGUAUGCGCAAUGAGGGGCUGAGCAGCGGCACCCUGUCCAAGUCUUCCUCAUCGGGCAUGCAGAGCUGCGGUGAGGAGGAAGGAGAAGAGGGGGCGGAUGCUGUCCCGCUGCCUCCCCCAAUGGCCAUCCAGCAACACAGCCUGCUGCAGCCCGACUCUCAGGAUGACAAGUCUGCAUCUCGGCUGUCCGGCCGUCCCAGUAGCUCAGAGACACCCAGUGCGGCUGAACUGGUCAGUGCCAUCGAAGAACUGGUGAAGAGCAAGAUGUCACUGGAAGACCGUCCCAGUUCUCUGUCAGUGGAGCAAGGUGACAGCAGCUCUCCCUCUUUCAAUCCCUCCGACAACUCCCUCCUCUCCUCCUCCUCACCCAUCGACGAGGUGGACGAGCGCAAAUCUGGCUUCUUCAAGAGAAGACAUUAUGUGCUCCUGGAGCUGGUGGAGACUGAGAGAGACUAUGUCAGAGACCUGGGAUCAGUGGUGGAGGGCUACAUGAGCAGGAUGAAAGAGGAAGGAGUUCCAGAUGACAUGAAAGGAAAAGACAAGAUUGUCUUUGGAAACAUCCAUCAGAUCUAUGACUGGCACAAAGAUUUUUUCCUGGGAGAACUUGAAAAGUGUUUGGAGGAUCCUGACCGGCUGGCACCUUUAUUUGUCAAACAAGAACGGAGACUGCACAUGUAUAUUGUGUACUGCCAAAACAAGCCUAAGUCUGAGCACAUCGUGUCAGAGUAUAUUGAUACAUACUUUGAGGACCUGAAGCAGCGACUGGGACACAGACUGCAGCUCACUGACUUACUCAUCAAACCUGUCCAGCGCAUAAUGAAGUACCAACUACUACUGAAGGAUCUUCUUAAAAUUUCUAAGAAGGCUGGAGUGGAUGCGACAGAGCUGGAGAAAGCUGUAGAAGUGAUGUGCGUGGUCCCCAAACGCUGCAAUGACAUGAUGAAUGUUGGGCGCCUUCAAGGCUUUGAUGGUAAAAUUGUGGCUCAGGGCAGGUUGCUUCUCCAAGACACCUUCAUGGUUUCAGACCAGGACGGAGGGCUCCUAUCCAGGAUGAAAGAGAGGAGAGUGUUUCUGUUUGAGCAGAUAGUUAUCUUCAGCGAACCCCUGGACAAAAAGAAGGGCUUUUCUACUCCUGGCUACCUCUUCAAGAACAGCAUCAAGGUGAGCUGGUUGGGUCUAGAAGAAAAUGCAGAUGACCCCUGCAAGUUCACACUGACCUCCAGGUCAUCUAGUGGCAACCUGGAGAGGUACACUUUCCAUUCACCAAGUCCUGGAGUCAGUCAAGUCUGGAUCCAUCAGGUCAGCCAGAUCCUGGAGAAUCAGAGAAAUUUCCUCAACGCUUUGACGUCACCUAUAGAGUAUCAGAGGAACCAUGUGGGAGGUGGCGGGCCAAGUGGUCCACCUAGCAGUAGCAGCAGCAGUACUGCAGGUCUACCAGGAGGCAGCAGCUCCAACAGUACCUGCAAUAUGGGGGGAGGAGGUGGCGGCGAAGGCAGCUCUGGAGGAUCAGGGGGUAGCUCCUCCUCCCUGUGCGGCCCGCGCUCCCGACCAUCUCGUAUCCCCAGCCGUCCUCACGCCUCCCCAGCCUGUUCACCACCAUCACCCCCGGGCCCCGAGGGGCCCGACAGAUCAGCAGGUAUGUGGUCACUCUGCCACCCACAGCCGCUUCAGUCCCUCUCCUCUAACCCCCGUUCAGACAACACAGCUAAUGGAGAGCUGUUAGCCUCAGAGGUCCCUAAGAUGAGGAUGCUGGAUAGUCCUCAUGGAAGUAACAGUAAUAACAGUAACAGGCCAUCAGGUAGUAUGGACAGCAGUGUCAGACAGGUUCUCGGAGGCUCAGAGGACAUGCCGAAGCAUCAAAUGGCCGGCAGACCACAGAUGCCAGUAGCUCCUCUGAAUUUUCAUCUCAAAAGCCCUCGAGUUGGGACAGUUUCGCCUCUGAUAUUACCUCAAACUCCCGGAGGAGGAGGAAAGGAAGCGUUUGUCCCCUCCAGCCCAGCUCAUAAAGGCAACGCUUUCUGGGCCAUAGUCCCUGCUAUGCCUCCCUCUCCUGCCAGCAGGCCAGGUUCCUUCUCCUACCCCAGUGACAAUGGUGGCAGUGGAGGCGACUCUCUGGGCAGAGGAAGUCACGGGACUCCCUCUCAUCACCGCCACUCCAGCCACAGUAAGGACAUAGAUCGCAUGAGCACCUGCUCCUCCACCAGUGAGCAGUCCAUACACUCCACCCAGAGCAACGGGAGUGAAAGCAGUAGUAGCAGCAGCAGCGUGUCCACCAUGCUGGUGACUCAGGACUAUGUGGCAGUGAAGGAGGAUGAGAUCAGUGUGGUGCAGGGUGAGGUGGUCCAAAUGCUAGCAAGCAACCAGCAGAACAUGUUCCUGGUGUACCGGGCGGCCAAUGAGCACUGCCCUGCGGCUGAGGGCUGGAUCCCUGGCUACGUGUUAGGACACACUUCAUCCUCAGUCACACCCGAGCUCUCCGAAGGCACCAUAAAAAAGUCAUUAUCGUGGCACACAGCACUGCGCAUUCGCCGGAAGUCUGAGAAAAGAGACAAGGAGGGCAGGAAAAUUGAGAACGGCUACCGAAAGUCUCAGGACAGCCUGGCCAACAAAGUCUCUGUCAAGCUUCUGAAUCCCAACUUUAUCUAUGAAGGUCCCCCAGAGUUCCUCAUUCCAGUUAGUGAUGCAACAUGUGAGAGUGGCAAUGCAGUUACUCUGAGGUGUAAAGUUUGCGGUCGCCCCCGACCAACCAUCACUUGGCGCGGCCCUGACAACAACUCUCUGAGCAACAACGGACAUUGCAGCAUGACCUACAGUGAGACCGGAGAGGCGUCUCUGUGCAUCACGGAAGCGUCUGCAGAGGACAGCGGCAUGUAUACCUGUGUUGCUACAAACAUAGCAGGCGCUGUCACCUCCUCUGCCAGUCUUAGAGUGUCAGGAACCCCUGACGAUGGCAGCGAACUCCUCUGGAAAAACGGCUUUGAGUCCCAGUACACAGAGAUUACUGAACUAGGAAGGGGUCGGUUCUCGGUGACUAAGCGAUGCGACCAGAGAGGGAGUAAACGCACAGUUGCAGCAAAGCAUGUUAACAAGAAGCUGUUGCGUCGAGAACAGGUCCUGCAGGAGAUCAGACUCCUCCAGAAUCUAGACCAUCCCAGUCUGGUCAAGCUGCUAGACACGUAUGAGACAGCCAGCAGCUACGUACUGGUACUAGAGAUGGCAGACCAGGGGCGAUUCCUGGACUACAUCGUGAGCUGGGGCAACCUGACGGAGGAGAAAGUUGCUUUAUACCUCAGAGAUAUUCUUGAAGCUCUCCAUUACCUGCACAGCUGGAGGAUAGCGCAUCUUGAUCUCAAACCUGAAAACAUUGUGGUGGAACAUGCGUCCUCCCAGCCAGUGAUCAAGCUGACAGACUUUGGUGAUGCUGUUCAACUGAACCCCCCCUCCUCUUACAUCCAUCCUCUUCUGGGAAGCCCAGAGUUCUCUGCUCCUGAACUGAUCCUGGGUCAGCCCGUCUCACUGAUGUCUGACCUCUGGAGCUUAGGGGUGGUGACCUAUGUGGUUCUGAGCGGCGCCUCUCCGUUCCUGGACGAGAGCCUUGAGGAGACGUGUCUGAACAUCUGUCGCCUGGACUUUAGCUUCCCUGAGGAUUACUUCCAGGGUGUGAGCCCAGCUGCCAGAGACUUCAUCUGCCUGCUGCUCCAGGGCGAGCCAGAGCGACGGCCGCCCGCUGCGUCCUGCCUGGAGCAGCCCUGGCUCCAGCCUCGAGGUUUAUCAAGCAGCGACUCCACCUUAAAUCCCACGCAGCCACCAGCACUGUCACCAUCUCGGAAUCAUUGCGGCGCACAUCUGGACACAUCCAGGCUCAUUUCUUUCAUCGAGAGACGGAAACACCAGAAUGAUGUCCGGCCCAUAGGCACCAUUAAGGCCUUCCUUCACAGCCGCCUGCUCGGCCAGACCUGACAGUAGGUCACCAGGUAAACACGACCAGAAGGAAUUUCUUCCACUGCUGCUCUUCGUUCACUUGAUCCUUGUUAGAAGCCUACUGAGAGCACCACCAGCGACACGCCUGCUACAAUCCCCUUUUCCCUCACUAAGCCACAAAAGUCCUGCUGCUGCUGCUGCUGCCGACUGACUAACCUCUGCCGAUUAAACCCUUCGAACCCCCAAGUCCUUCCCCUCCUUAAACCUGGCAUACCGUCACUAUGCCUGCACAACAAGCGAACUCUUGGAAUCCAUUUGAGAUUUCAAAACCUUGACUCAGCAGGGAGAAAACCAAGCUUUCUCAACAAGCCAGCGUGAGCGAGUCUUGCGUUUCGGACAGUGUUAAACAAAGAAAAAAAAAAAGAAGAAUACUGUACAAUAGGAAUAUUUCAGGCUGCUUUCGGUUGAACACAAGAAAAUGUUUUUUUGUAACGAGAGAUUACUUUUUGUAAAUGAAACUAAAUGUACAGCGAGGAAACAGAGAACUGUCUUUAUUCAUAACCUUUUGGAAAACAAAGGGUAGUUGGUGAGUAGAAAAAGAAAAAAACGAAAAGAAAAAAAAAAGGGAAGUGAGAUUUGCGUGGUGAAGUGGCACCCAUCAGCAGGGUCCUCUUAGUCUGGAACAAGAUGUAACUACCAAAACCACGUUUUGCAGAAACUUACAUUCAGUGCAAUAGUUUGCUUUUCUUUAUUCUCCCGCUUCAGUUUCAAAGGUUAAAUCACUUCUGUUUGCGACACUAAGAGAAACUAACUUGAACAAAGCAUUAAAACAACUCAGCAAAAAAAGAAUAUCCCGAUAGAGCUUCUCAGAUUUUUACCUGCGUCCGCCUUAUUUGUAAAUAACGUUUUUCCCGCUUUUCGUUCUCAUUUUGACGGAUUUAUCUCUCGACAAAAACGAUUCCAUCUGCUGAGUUUUAGUGAGUCCCUGCGGACGGCCGGAACAAACCGCUACUAGGUUCCCACGUGCAAUGUCGCAGCUUUAACAUUUAUGCAACUAUUUAUGAAAACUUGUGUUGUAGCCGUAUUCUUAAAAAGGCAUGUACGUACCUGGUACUGCAAUAGAUGUCUGUAUUGUGUUAACUCUUAUGUAUUAAGUUCAAUAUUAAUAUCCUGCAAAAAAACAAAAAAACAACAACAACAACCCUGCAACAAAAGGAGAGUUUUUCCAAAAUAAUGUAUAAAAAUGUGUAUCUAUGAAAUAUAGGCACUUAUGCUUUAUGUCGUCCUCGUUUUGCUUUUGUUUUUUUGUAACAAUACCAAAGUUGGCUCUGCUUUGUUUUCCUGCUAAUAUGUUUGUUUGUUUGUUUUAAUGAUUUGUCAUGUUGAGUUCUAACAGACCACACUGAGCAGAGGCAUAUGAGCGUUUACAAAGGUUCCUUGUGGUUUUAUUUAUUCUUAUUGUAAUAAGAAGAUUGUUUGGUGGUUUAUUGCUGAAAAAAAUAUAUUGAUUUGUCUUUUUUUAUUAUUAUUAUUUCUUUGGGUUUUUUUUUUAUUUUUUUAUUUUUCAAGCCCUGCACAAAGUUGCUUGCCGUGUGAGUUUGUUUGGCUCUUGUAGGUAGAUAGUAGUGUAUGUUGCUAGACCGUAUUGGUUGAUAUCUUCACCAAGCAAUAGGUCUGGGGUGAAAAAAGUCACCAUGGACUGCACUGAUGAAAGAAUUAUACCUUCUGGCAGACAAUAACAACCCCUGAACCACCGUUUUUCUGAUCAGCAUUAACAGGUAUCUCCCGUGAAAAAGGUCUCUGCCAGUUGUUUUCAUUUAAAUACGAUCUUUAGGUUAAAAAGUUGCUUAAAAACUUCUUUAAAGUGCCAGUCCAGUGAAUUAAGUUCGAGAGGUUUGGUAAAAAUGAAAAACUUGCGUCGCUUCUCGUUUUAUUUGAAGGUUGUCAGUUGCUGUCGAUAACAUGUUGAGUUGUCUCUCUGGUCUGUAAAGUCUCCGUCUUUCAUUUUGUGUCAUUUUUAUUUAUUAAUGUGGAUAAGGGUUUCCCUGAAACUAUUCUGAUCAUCGCUUUGUCAGAGCGCGCUCGGGUUACGAUCGAAGCGAUGAAACGGUUUCUUGGGAAACCCGCCUGCUCACGAUGUAAAGAUGUACAGAGAAGGGUCGGGCAGUUCGCCCACACCCGGGAUGUAAACCUCAUAACUGUCAUAUUUUAAAUACACCUAAAACAAGACUGCAGAAAUGUCAUCUUGAAUGUCUUAGUAUGACUUAUUUUUACUUUUGCAUGUAUAUUUCUUUGUACAGAAGAUUGUGUUUACAUGUUACUACGUGUUGUAAAUAACUUAUUUUGUCCUCUGUUAUUUUGCCAUUAAACGUACAAGGCACAGUCA